GCUUGAUAGCAUAGCCAUAGCCUUAUUGAUAAACUCAACACCCACAUCCUUUAAACCUAGCUGCCUGUUCUAUUCUAUCGGCCUACCCUACUUGGCCUCUUUAGUCCCUUAUGUAUUUCCCCCCAUGUCACCAGCUGACCUUGAUUCUUUUCGAAAUGUUUUCACAUCUCAACUCACCAAUUCCAAACACGUCCCCUCAUUCAAACGGUCGAAAAGGAUAUAUCUAUUACGACAUCGCAUCCUCAAAUCUCUCCGCCCAUGUCUUAAACUCAAUAAACUGUUCUUGUGGCGUCUUAUACACUUUUAUCCCCCCGUGUGACUAACUCCCUUGGCGCGUGCCACAACCUUCACGAGUACAUUAAUAUACACCGAAAAACUUAUAUGCCCUGAGUACAUCAAUUCAGUCAGGCAGACGUUUUCCAUACUUUGCGCCUGCAAGCUUACUUUUGCACAAAGUUCAUGACACUUUACGUUGCCUGCUUGUGUGAAUCCAUCUUUCAUUCGUCUAUAUAAGUCUUCCUCUCUUUCAUGCUUAUAUACGCAACGAUUGAACUCGAGCUUCAUCGCGGACCCACGAAGUUCUCGACAUGGUAAGUGGACUCGUCCUUUCCCCAGAUCUAAACAUUCUAUCCGUCUGCAAGGGACCAGCAGAGAUCCGAGAGCUUAUCGGCUAAUUUCAUGAUUUAACAGGAUGGAUCCGCUAUAAACCCCAAUGAAAUCAAUCGCUACGAAGUCACAGAAGUCUAUGCCCAUCCUGAAGCUGAAGCAGAUAUUGUGCUGGUCCAUGGUUUAAAUGGUCACCCGCAACAUACGUGGACUGCGAAGAAUGGUAUCUUCUGGCCCACUGCUCUUCUCCCGGUUACCUUCAGUUCAAAAGAUCCGACCAAAUCUGCCAAGGUCCGAAUACUCGUAUAUGGAUACAAUGCGGAUGUUGUAGCUUUUGGAGAGAAAUCGGCUUCCCAUGAUAGAAUUCAUGAACAUGCACAGAGUUUGGUUUCGAGCUUGGCCCUCGAGAGAAAGAGUGAAGAGGCCGAUGAAAAUCCAAUUAUUUGGGUUGCACAUAGUUUGGGUGGUAUCUUGGUAAAACGAGUAGGUAGCACCACCAUACCCCGCAUUAUACUAUUAAUGCUAAUGGAACUCUCAUAGGCAUUAGAAAUUUCCCACGAUUAUCAAGGCAAGAGCAAUGACGAAAUCCGUUCCAUCGCAGUCUCAACUUUCGGAAUCAUAUUUCUGGGGACUCCGCAUACUGGUGCUGAUCCGGCAAAAUGGGGUUUGAUAUUUCAGGGAAUGGUAUCGGCUUUGAUGCCAAAGAAGGCUUUGGACUCAGAAUCAAUCCUCAUCCAAACUUUAACGACAAACAAUGAGACACUUGCAAAUAUCAACCUCCACUUUCUCGACAUUUAUCAACGCUUUAAGAUCUGCAUGGCUCAUGAAAGUUUAAAGACCGACUUCAAAGGAACAAAAGCUUUCGUCGUGGAUCAAACGUCUGCCAGCCCUCUACUUCCAGAUGUCUCUUACUUUGGUAUCGAGGCUACACAUAGCGGCAUGUGCAAAUAUGAAAGCAAAAGAGCACCAGGCUACAUGAAUGUUUCCACCAAAGUCAAGACAUGGGCCUUGGAGGCUUCCCCGGUAAUUCGCGCUCGUUGGAGGGAGGAAAGGAAGAAACGAAUUGAGGAAAGAGAAGCGCAAAUCAGAGAACUCAGAGGUCAAUUCGAAGAUGUACGCUCUCUCUGAACCUUCGCGCCGGAAUUUACUAACCUAGUCGUAGCCCAAUUCAGCGCCAGAAAUUCCACAACAGCCAAAGGGUACGUACCAAGGUGCUUCGUCGGCUCAUCACCAGCCUAGUCUGAUGGAGCCGACUCAAGCAAGGCCUAUAUUUGAUUAUGAGGUGUGGGAAGUUGAGGGAGAUACCGAGAUGGUGGAUCGUUAAAAUUGAUCUCCUAAUUUCUUUGUUAUUUGGACCUCGGGUGUUGAGAUUGAAUCUUUCCUUUGGUCAUUUGGAGCUUUGCGUUUUGCUUUACAAAUUGUUGGAGGAAGCUGAUUUGUUUGGUUUCGUAGAUUUAUCGAAUUCACUUCAAACCGUUGCAAGCUUUGAGCCCGAUGUUACAGACGAUAGUGCAGAAUAUUUCAUCAAGCCACCUGGCUUUCGUCCCAAUUCAAUCUUUGUGGGUCGACAGCAAAAGUUGAUUGAGAUGCAUAAGAUGCUUUUUGAUGAAACUAGACGAUCUCAAGGUUCAUCUGCAGUUUUGAUUCAGAGUAUGCCUGGCUGUGGUAAGACUCAUUUGGCUCGACAAUACGUAUUUGAACACAAGCACGAAUUCCCUGGUGGAGUAUUCUGGAUUCGAGCAAAAAGUGAACAGGAAAUCACUGCUGGCUUUUGGCAAAUCGCGAAGAAAGCAGCGUUAAAACCUUCCAUGGUUAAUGAAGAUCCAAAGGUUCUCGACAAUCCCGAUCAAUUUAUCAAAUUAGUCAAAAAGUGGUUGAAUCAUAGACAUCAUUGGUUACUGAUACUCGAUGGUAUCCACUUUGACGACACCUUACGAAGAUUCAUUCCUGACAGCACCGACACUAGUAUCAUCUAUACUUCAACAGAGAAGUCUGUCAUUGGUGAUCACCAUUUCAUGAACCCACAGAUUUUGAAGUUAUCACCAUUUUCUGCAAGAGAAGCACAACAUCUUUUGCUGCGUGAACUUGACAAGAAGGAACCAUUCCUUCAAGAUGAUCUCAAGCAUUCGAUGGAAUUGGUCCAGGCAAUGCAAUUCUUACCUGUGGUCAUUCAUGUUGUUGCUCAACGAUUGAAAGCUACAGAUGAGCCACUUGCCAGAUAUGCUAGGUCUUAUGCAUCGGGGCCAAAGGGAUUAAGGGAACUCCAAGCUUUUACCUCUGUGGUUGAGCAAUUGGAGAAGCUUGGAGCUUAUGAGACUCUCAACUUGAUACAUAUUUUGUGCUUUUUUAGUCAACAUGUUCCCGUUGAGAUGAUUGCAUUAGGUAGGUACCGAGCCGGCACCUUUUUCUUAAGUAUGUACGUCCUGAUAUGAUUGAUAGGUUUGGAUGCACUCGAUGUUCCCAUCAGGGCCAGCGAGCCUAUUACAGGAAGAUCUCUGAACAACACAUUCAAGGUAUUGAACAAGUUCGCUUUGAUAGACCGAACCGAACGCGAGGAGCCUCUCAGUUCAUCCCAAACAUCGAAGGGGAGCAGAGAUUUGUUACCUGAUGAUAUCGAUGUUAUCACGUUGCAUAGUGUCGUCCAAGGAUUUUUCGUGGAUACCUUACAUGCGAAAGGAAGAUUACCCAUGUGGCUUGACCGAGCUAUUGGAGUUUUUUGCCAUUCAUUUGAACAAGCCAACGAUCGUAUUACACAGAAAACACACACAGGACUUGUUGAAGAUUAUAGACUGUAUGAGAUUCACGGCAUCAAGCUUCAGCAACAUCUUGAAAGACACAAGAAGGAAUACAUCAAAAGACACAAGAAAGAAAUGUUGGAUCCUGAAGCUACUCAUACCAUUCUGGAAGAUGUAUUGAAUACUAUUAGAAGCGAAAUCCAACGACGAACUCCAGAGUCUUCACACUCCAUUGCUGGUGGCCGACCUGAAGCAUCUCAAACUUCGAUCUUUGACCGCACUAGCAGCUCUUCUGAUACUGGCCUGGAUCCGGAGACACCUGCGGACAAGUUCAUUGAAGGUACCCCUUGGACUCUUGGGCCCCAUACCGAAUCUCCUCAGCGUCUUGUUCAUAAUCCAGAUUUCCUCCGACAAGUUGAGAACAUAAAGCAGAUGCGAUUUCCUCCUCGGCUUCCCAAGGAAGAUACUGGAUAUGAUAGUGAUCGAGAAGGUUCUACUAUGACACUUCAACCAUUAAAGCCUUUAAUUCCUCAAGCUAAUUCACCCGAAACUCCUGGAGGUCCAUGGGAAGUGGUCAAGCCUCGACGUCCAAGGGUCACACAACCAAAACUUGAUCUUCAUCGAACCAUUAGAGCUCAGGAAUCAAGAAAAUAUCGAAAUCGUGCUGGUUCUUUUCGUACGUUGACUCCAGGUUAUACAGAUCCGCGUGUAAGCAGUGUCACUGCACAUGGUGAAUUGCAACAACCUGAUAAUCGACCACAAUCUCGUGGUAGAUUAUCUGGUCAGUCAAAUGCUAGAGUAGCACUUGCACAUAUUAGCAAAAAUAGUCCACCACCAAUCCGAGGAGGUGGUCCAAUUCAAGAUCGACGGACAUCUGGUGAUAAAUUGACUGAGUCCAAUCUCAUCAGAGGAACUCCGACUUACGCUUCGGCUGUUGCUGGCUCAACGAGAGAUACGGCCUCUCGACAUGGUACUGAAGAGAACUUUAGCGACACAACUUCGAACCUUGGAUAUCCUGAGCCAACAACAGCCACCACUGCUCUAAAACGUAUUCCGCAUGAGGCAGAUGUUCCAUCACCACAGCCACGCACACCUUAUACUCCCAUGCCUCCGUAUCCUCGUACACCGGAUUUGUACUAUCAGCAGCCUUAUCCUGCUUCUGAUAAUGAUUUGUAUAAUUUGCCGAAUGUCAGUGGCAAUCAUAAUAACCUUCAACCAAUACCAGAUCCUUUCAACAAUAUUUACCCAAUCAUGACAGGUCCAGUCCCGAUUACAAGAUCUGCUGUACCUUACACAUCAUUGUCACCACCACUUAAGCGCGAUCUUCCUCAUGAUUAUCAAAGCUGGGACUCGCAAUCCUAUCCAAGCUCUUUGAAUGGCUCGCUAUAUAUCCCAACUUCUCAUCAGCCCAACCUCCAAAAUCCUAACCAUCUCAACCUCCCCACUAAUUUUCAAUCAAUUUCCUCACCUAAUCUUCUCCCUUCUCAAUAUCGUCCCAAUUUCUCAACAUAUUAUCCAGGGCACCCGGAAUUUUCUCACUCUGACACCAUCGGCUCAACAACCCCACGUACCACACCCCAAGAAUCACUUUACACCUCUCAGCCCCUCUCUCGGGAUCCUUCAGGCCAAUCAACCCACUCAACAAGAUCUCUUCAUCCCGCUUCAGCUCGUCCCCGCUCAACAUCUACCUCAGCAUCUCUUCCUCGGCGCACUUCCCUUGCGGACACGGAACCUAUUCCUCAACUUCCUUUUUCUCCGAGAAUAGGAAGUACGAUGCCAAUGUCUCCGCAGAGAAGUUAUCAAAUGUAUUCUUCUUCGGCUUAUCAUUUAAACCUUAGUCCGCAAGAUCGAGAGAGAGGUAUGGUAAGGAAGAGCCCGAGAUUGGCUUUUGCGAGGGCGGUGGCUAGGGAUGAUCCUAAUAGGGUGCUGUUUGAGGGUGAUGAGAGAGAGAUGGAGAUUCAGAGACAGGCACAGGCACAUGCACAAUACAUUUCUUCGCAUGCGAGAGUACCUAGGACGUUUAAUCCUUUAGCUCCGAAUUUUAGCCCGAGGAUGACAAAUGGAGGAAGUCAGAUGGUGUAUCAGGGUCAAGGUGAGGAUAGACAAGGAAUUACACGGGAUUUGAGUUUUAUUUAUCCAAGUCCUGAUCUAGGAGCUGGAGAGGGAAAUGCAUUUCACAACAGUAGUCGGAAUGCAGAACUAGAAGCCCCGGAAAUGAAAAGAGGUGGAAGUAAUGGAAGUGGAGGUUUAGUAGUUGGAGGGGGGAGAGUAGUAGAAUUUGGAGAUGUAGGAGCGAUGUAUCAGCGCAGUGAUAGAGAUAAGGUGCUAAGAAGAAAUUUAAUUGAAUUUGGAGAGACAGGGUUGGGGAUUCACACGGGAGGGGCGGUAUGUCAGAGAUUAUUGGGAGUGUGGCGAGGAGACCGGGCUUAGUCAGGGGAGAUGCGGAGGUGAGGGGUUGGUAUGGGGUUGGUCAGAGGAGAAGCAGGAGUCGAUAGGUUGUGUGCUUAAAUUGUCGUGUUGGAGGGUUUAUGGAUGGGUGUUGCGGCGGAGUUGUGUACUUUCUUGUUAUAUUACAUGGUAGGUAAGAGUUUUGGCCUGAUAUAUAUAUAUAUAUAUAUAUAUAUAUCUAUAUCUAUAUCCAUAGAGGGAGGAGGAGAAGCGGCGCGGGUUCAGAAAUAAGACAUCAGCAAGGACUGACGAAACUGUAUGGAUUAUUGCAUCACGGAAUGAUUUGGGAUAGGAUAUAUUAUAUACCACAGAAAGGCAGGAGGAAGGGAUUACGGGGAACUGGAAUGGAAUUGGAAUGUAUGUUUACAUUUCCAUGUAUAUCUUUUAUAGACACGAUACCGGGUAGCAUGGGCAUGGUCACGGAUAAGGAUGGAUGCAUAUAAUGGAAUAGGAAAAGAUGGAUCGCAUCGCAUCGCAUUGUCUUGCAUUUGUAAGACUAGCUAGAUAUGGAUUAUCAUGGAUUCUCGGGCGAGAAUAUAAAGGUGUGGAUUGCGGAUUGUAUAAUUAGUGUAUUUAUAGGAUACCCGGGAUAUAAUAUUCCUUAGCUUGUGGAGAGAGAGAGAGAGAGAGAGAGA